UCCCGUCGCCUUGAAAGCUGGUCACUUGGUCAGCUCUCAGCUGUAGCCUUUGCGCGCGAUUCAAACAUUAUGGAGGAAGUGGACGAAACAGAAGUCGAGCCGGAGGUUUACAUGGCAUGCAUCAUGCAAGGCCAACGAAUUGGAGUUUCUUACUAUGAUUCUAGUAUCCAACAACUGUACGUCCUGGAACUGUGGGAGGAUGGCAGUGCAGAUUUUCCCUUAAUUGACAUUGUAAAAUAUCAAGCCAAACCCUCGAUCAUUUAUACAAGCACUAAAGCUGAAGAAUCCUUCCUUGCUGCUUUACAAAGAAGUGAAGGAAUUCAAGGUCCUGUGGUGAAGCUCAUGAAAAGCUCCAUAUUCAGCUAUGAACAAGCAUGGCACAGAUUGGUAUAUCUUCAAGUCACAGGGAUGGAUGAUGGGCUUAGCAUCAAGGAAAGAAUUUGCUACCUGAACUCUAUGAUGGAUAUUGGAAGUGAUGUCCAAGUUCGUGCAAGUGGGGCCCUUCUUGCUAUACUAGAGAAUGAGAGGCUUGUAGAUACCCUUGAACAGAAGGAUUCUGGGAAUUCCUCAAUUACUAUAGAUUGUGUAACAGAAAUUUCAUUACACAAAUUCCUCAAACUGGAUUCAGCAGCUUAUGAGGCAUUACAGAUUUUCCAAAUAGACAAACAUCCAAGCCAUAUGGGCAUCGGGAGAGCAAAAGAAGGGUUCUCUGUGUUUGGGAUGUUGAACAAGUGUAUCACUCCAAUGGGUAGACGUCUCUUGAGAAGUUGGUUCUUGAGGCCUAUACUGGACCUUGAAAAUUUGAACAGUCGUCUCAAUACUAUAUCAUUCUUUCUUUGUUCUGAAGAACUGAUGGCUACUUUGCGUGAAACAUUGAAGUCAGUAAAAGAUGUUCCCUACAUACUGAAGAAAUUCAACUCUCCAAGUUCCAUUUGUACAAAUGUUGACUGGACAGCCUUUUCAAAGAGCAUUUGUUCACUCUUGCACAUGAACAACAUAUUUGAAGUUGGAGUUUCCGAAAAUCUAAGAGAGCAUGCAAAAUAUUUGAAUGUGGACAUUGUUGAGAAGGCUGGUUCUUGCAUUACAACCGAGCUGGCUUAUGUCUAUGAACUGGUAAUGGGAGUUAUUGAUGUUAAUAGAACUAAGGAAAAAGGGUAUGCAACAAUGGUGAAAGAGGGAUUUUGUGAUGAGUUGGAUGAGUUGAGAAAGAUAUAUGAAGAAUUACCAGAGUUUCUAGAAGAGGUUUCUUCACUUGAAAUUGCACGACUACCUCAUUUAUCUGGAGAUAAGCUUGCUCCUUGUAUAAUUUAUAUACACCAAAUAGGAUAUUUGAUGUGCAUUUUUGAAGAUAAACUUGAUGAAGGCACACUUGAGAAGCUUCGGGAUUUUGAAUUUGCAUUUGCAGAUGGGGAUGGAGAAGUGAAGAAAUUCUUUUAUCACACUUCCAAGACACGGGAGUUGGACAACCUUCUAGGAGAUGUUUAUCAUAAAAUUCUAGAUAUGGAGAGAGCAAUCACAAGGGAUUUGGUGUCCCAUAUUCUUUUAUUCUCACUACAUCUUAUCAAGGCAGUAAAUUUUACAGCUGAACUUGACUGUCUGUUGUCUCUGGCAUUGGUUGCUCGUCAGAACAAUUAUGUGAGGCCUAUUUUGACCACAGAAAACUUGCUUGACAUACAAAAUGGAAGGCAUGUUUUGCAGGAAAUGACAGUAGACACAUUUAUUCCAAAUGAUACAAAGAUACUUGAUGAUGGGAGGAUCAACAUCAUCACUGGUCCUAACUAUUCAGGGAAAAGUAUCUACAUAAAACAGGUAGCUUUGAUUAUUUUCCUUUCUCACAUUGGAAGUUUUGUUCCAGCAGAAGCUGCUACAGUGGGUUUGACUGAUAGGAUAUUUUGUGCAAUGGGAAGCAAGCUCAUGACUGCUGAGCAAUCAACAUUUAUGAUUGAUCUACAUCAAGUGGGAAUAAUGCUUAGGCAACAUCACUGUCAUUGUGUUUAUUGGAUGAAUUUGGUAAAGGAACACUUACAGAAGAUGGCAUCGGCCUCCUCAGUGGAACUAUUAAUCAUUUUGCUACUUGUAAUAGCCCUCCAAAGGUUUGGUUUGAGUAAUUACAUGGUUCUUGUCUGCACACACUUGACUGAGAUAUUUAGUGAGAGUUGUUUGCUGAAGACUGAAAAUGUCAAGGUCUAUACAAUGAGUGUCCUGAGACCUGAUGCCAACUGUUCAGAUGUUGAAGACAUUGUAUUCCUAUAUCGGCUUGUUCCUGGACAUGCACUUCUGAGCUAUGGUUUGCACUGUGCCCUACUUGCUGGUUUGCCAGAGGAUGUUAUCAAGAGAGCAGUCUUUGUGUUGGAGGCCUCUGGGGCUAACAAGAACAUUGAACGACUAUGCAGCGAGAAAAUAGCAGCUAGAGAUCAGCAAUACAAGGAUGCGGUGGAUAAAUUGUUGGCCUUUGAUGCUCUUAAGGGUGAUCUCAACCUCUUCUUCCAAGAUAUAUUUCCUUCUGAAACCUAAAAGCACCAAGGUUAUUUUUUGCUUUUCCUAUUUUGUUAUAGCAUGCAUGGAAAUGGCAUCAUCAAAAUUCUAUGCAUGAACAGCUUGGCCUUUUCACUUCAUUUUAUCCUAGCUGGGAUUCAGUUUACUACAUUGGUCUGUAAGGUUGGUGAACUGUUGGAACUGUACUAGGUUCACCAAAAUGGAUACAUAGAACUUACGACUUAAAUGAGAGCUACUGCCCUCCUGGCUCAGCUUUUGAGUC